AGUUGGCUGUAGAAUGGAACACAGAUGUUUACAUGUCCACUGUCCAGUUUGUGUACUCUCUAUAUCAGAAGCGUCUGCAUUGUUUUUGUAAUGAUCUCUCGUUCUUAGGUUUUAGUAAAUACUAGAUAAAAACCAAACCUUUUACUUACAAAGAUGAAUUCUUAAUAUGUCUCAAGGUUAAAGAAGUGUCGGCUUCUAAAUAUGAAUGUAAGGUCUAAUCAUGAUUGAUAAUCUAAAGCGAAUGUGAGGUUAGAAUGUGUGAAGAAACGUAAAUCCACAUAAAAUGAUGUUCACAAAAGAAGUUAUUUGCCACAGGCUGGUUCAUUUGAAACUUUCUCGAGUUAUUGUAUUGGUGACUUUGGCCUUGGUUCUUGUUCCACUUUUCACUCAUUACUACUUAUCAAAUGUUGAAAGCGAUGUGUCUCUGGGUGAUGUUCAUCGAACUAGAUCAAAACUCGAAGCUUAUGAAGACUUUAGCAUGUUUAGAGGUGCUGAUUUAAAAUCUAGAGUGGAAGAAAUGCUGAGGAUAAAAGGAUCAGUGAGUACAGAACUCAGAGACCUGGAGGCGAAGCGUCAGAGACUACAGUCAGACAUCUCCACACUCAACCACAAGAUAGAAACACUCAAGAUGGACUUGUUGCGACAGCAGACCGAGUUAGAGAGGCUCAAGUUGUCUGUGGAACAGGCCCAAGUAGCCCAUCGAGAGGCACUCCAGCGAAACACACCCGAGCUGAGUCCCCCUCUACGGCUGGUCCCCUCCUCCCCACCCCUCUACCUUCCCCCUCCCACCACUCUUUCUCCUCCGUGUCGCAUGUGGUCAUGUUUCGACCACUCUCGCUGUGCCCUCACGUCUGGCCUCCCAGUGUUUCUGUACGAUACAGAACUGUUUCCUGCCACGUCAUAUCUGCGCACAGGUGUCCGCCAGACUGUCGGUUACAAUCCCCACUACACCAGCAACCCCACAGAGGCCUGCCUCUUCUUGGUACUCAUUGGGGAGGGUGAGGCUCACGAUCUCACAGGACUCAAGGAACUGCCCUACUGGGGAGGUGACGGGAGAAAUCAUGUGCUGCUGUUCCUAUCCCGAGGAAACCUAUCACCAGCGACAGUAACACCGGAGCUGACAGGACGAGCGAUUAUAGCUCAAUCAUCGUUCACACACCAGCUCUUCCGGCCAGGGUUCGACUUGGUGGUUCCUCCUGUGCUGGGUCCCCCCGGGGGGGACGUCUGGGGGGAGUGUGCCCCACAGUUGCCAGCCAGGCGGAAGUAUCUGCUCACCUUCCAAGGUCAUCAGCCCACCACUUCUAUCAUCUCUCACGGAUUUAACGUGACAGAACUACACAAAUACCUGACACAUUCAACAUCGGAUCUGUUCCGGCUGGACUGGAGUUGCUCAAACAUGGCUGCUGUAGCGUCUGCAGAAGACGAUUGGGAACUAUGUGGCACUGAGACAUCACGCAUCAACAUUCUUCGAGAGUCCACAUUUGCAUUGAUUCCUGCUCCUCACAAUGUAUCCUUCCUGUCCUCGGCUCUCAAUCUGGCUCGACUGUACGAGGCUCUGCGCGCUGGUGCCAUACCUGUCAUCAUCGGUGGCGACCGUCUCCAUCUGCCAUACUCAGAAGUGUUGUCAACCAAGAAGUUUGUACUGUCAGUGCCCCAGAGCCGACUGUCGGAGUUACACUUCCUGCUGCGCAGUGUGCCUGACAGUGACCUGCUUGCUCUGCGGCGGCAGGGCCGACUCGUGUGGGAGCGUUACUUUGCCUCUUUACAGGCUGUGAUAGACACAGUGGUUGCAGUGCUAAGGGACCGACUCGGCCUUCCUCCUCGGCCAGUCACUGAUACUCCAGCAGCUCUCUUCACUCAUGAUACUGUGCCAGUGAAGACAGAGCAAGUGGUGGAGCCUGAGGAGAGCCUAGGACCGUUGGAACCCCCUUACCCCUCGCCCACCUUCCGUCGCAACUAUUCUGCUUUCCUUGUGCAGGGCUACGAACUGUGGAACGAAUGGGGUGACCCUUUUCGACUUUACCCCCAUCUGCCAUUUGACCCGGUACUGCCUUCAGAUGCCAAAUUUGCUGGGUCAGGAGUAGGUUUCCGUCCCAUAGGGCGGGGGGCGGGAGGAGCAGGCAAGGAGUUCUGUGAGAGCCUAGGUGGUAACUAUCCGAGGGAACAGUUCACCAUAGUCAUGCUCACGUACCAGAGAGACCAGGUCCUAUUAAACUCACUCAGUCGUCUACAAGGUCUGCCAUACCUCAACAAAGUGGUGGUUGUAUGGAACUCCCCCCGACCUCCACUGGAGGAUUUGCACUGGCCUGACAUUGGUGUACCUGUCCAGGUGGUGAAAGCAAGUACUAACAGCCUCAACAACCGGUUUGUGCCAUACGAUGCCAUUGAAACGGAAGCUGUGUUGUCAGUCGAUGAUGAUGCUCACCUCCGACAUGAUGAGAUCAUGUUUGGCUUCAGAGUGUGGAGAGAGCAGAGAGACCGAGUCGUUGGGUUCCCAGGAAGGUUCCACGCUCUUGAUCUAAACUAUGGAGGUUGGCUCUACAACUCCAACUACUCUUGUGAACUCUCCAUGGUGCUCACUGGAGCUGCAUUCAUACACAAGUACUACACGUAUCUCUACACCCACUGGCUCCCACAGGCCAUCAGAGACAAGGUGGACGAGUAUAUGAAUUGUGAAGACAUCGCCAUGAACUUCCUCGUCUCACAUGUCACCAGAAAACCUCCAGUUAAAGUGACUUCUCGAUGGACUUUCCGAUGCCCUGGAUGUCCAGUGUCUCUCUCUGAGGAUGACACACACUUUCAAGAGAGACACAAGUGUAUCAACUUUUUUACACAGGUGUUUGGCUACACGCCACUGUUGAAUACACAGUUCCGAGCGGACUCGAUACUGUUCAAGACGAGAAUACCUCAUGAUAAACAAAAGUGCUUCAAGUACAUCUAAUAAUAUAAUGUGAUCUCCAGCUCUAGUCGAACGGCGGUAACUACUCUAGGUGAUAAGUGUUGUACUAGGUGCUAGACCCUCCUGACCUGGUGAUGUCCGUACUUGGUAGUUGAGCCAGAUCGUGGAUUUUACACAGCUCAAAGAUGAUAUUUAUUUUCUAAUUUCACAAACAGGUUUGUAGGCUAUUGUAUUCAAAUAUUGCAUAUGAAGCAUAUGAAAUAUGGCUAAAAUAAUUUGCAUUUCAUUUGUAUUAAAAUCUGUCCAUAACUACUUAAUUUCCAAAAAAACUCCAUUAA